AUGGCAAACGCCAGAAAGGCUGCUGAAGCCAUCAGGGCCCAAGAGGCCAGGGAUGAUGCCCGUCAAUCGGCGAGUAAAGCUGGAACCAGGUCCCGAUCUGAAGCAAAGCGACUGAAGCACCAUAAAAAGAACAGGGACGAUGAUGAUUCGAUUCUGGAUCCAUUGAAUCCAUUGAACCCGGCUAACCCGAUAUCGAGUGUAAUUUUUGAUAGUGGUUCAUCUUCAUCAUCGUCCUGUGGCGGCAGUAGUGGAUCAUCCUAUAGCGGUGGUUCUGAUUAUGGUGGCGGUGGCAGUUACGGUGGUGGUGGUUUCGAUUCUGGCGGCGGCGGCGGCGGCGGGGGAUGUGACUGA